ACCCCUCCCAUCGCGUCUGUCCUUACCAAACACGGAGGACGUGAAAUGCCACUGAUUCCAUCCUAGACCAGGUAGGUCAGCGAUCUCGGGCGAACUUCAACGAUCUAUUGCGCGCAUUUCCAUCAUCUCGACAUUUUCCUUUCUCUCGAGCCACACGACUGUUCGCCCUACACGCCGCCGUUGAGGCCGGCCACAUCCUGCAUCAUGGCGCCCAACGACGCCGUCAACUUUGAUAUCAUUGAGGAUCACAAGGAGAAUAUCCAGGCCCUUCCCAGCGGCCGGUCGGCGAGGAAGCUCGCUGAGAUUCUCUCCCCAUCGCCUCUGCAGCCUAAGUCAACACCGUCGCCUCUGGACACCAAGGAUGUCAAUGACAGCAUUCGCGCCGACUUCGAGGCUGAGGUCGCCGCGAUUUCCGAGUCAGACGAUCCGCUAGAUGUCUAUGAUCGCUACGUCCGUUGGACACUGGACGCAUAUCCCUCCGCCCAGGCCACGCCUCAGUCCCAGCUGCACACCCUUCUCGAGCGCGCAACCAAGGCAUUUGUGCACUCGGCGCAAUACAAGAACGAUCCGCGCUACCUCAAGCUCUGGCUCCACUACAUCAACUUCUUCUCCGACGACCCCCGCGAGGCUUUCGUUUUUCUGUCACGACAUUCGAUCGGCGAAACCCUGGCGCUGUUCUACGAAGAGUACGCCGCAUGGCUCGAAGGCGCCGGCAGAUGGGCGCAGGCCGAGGAAGUGUACAAGCUGGGGAUCGAGCGCGAGGCACGGCCCGCAGCGCGGCUGUUGCGUAAAUUCGGCGAGUUUGAGCAGCGCCGGGCACAGCAGGCAAACGCGGACGGACCAUCGUCACCGGCCCUGCCGGCGGCUCGGCCAGCCCUCGCGGCCAAGAUCGAUCCGUUUGCUGCCGCGGCAGCGACGCGUGAUCCUCAAGCUCCGAGGCCCACGGCCGGGCUCGGAGUGCAGGCUUCCAAGCCUGCGCGGUCUAAACUGGCCAUUUUCUCCGACGCAGACGCCGCCGCUACGGCGCCAGCUAUGUCGUCUCGGAUCGCGGGAUCCAAGGGAUGGGAUAGUAUUGGGUCACUGACGGAUCGCAAGAAGGAGAAUAUUGUGGAGCCUAAGCCUUGGGCCGGAGAGACACUGAAAGCUGGCGGCAAGAAGAGCAGCGGGCCGAAGCUGGCUGUUUUCAGGGAUCCGUCACUGGCCAAGCAGCUUUCUCAAUCGCAUAUUCCCAUAGACCAUGCCAAGGUCCAAGUAACCGUGAACCCCAGCAAUGGCAAGAGAGAGCGAGUGUUUGUCGACCUACGGGCUGUCUAUCCGACUCCUGACGAACCAGGCACUGAGCUGAGCUUUGAGGAGAUUUGGGCUGCAAACCGUGGCUGGCUAGACCACGAAUGGGAAGACGAAGAACUGCCUCCUUUCGCUGAUGAAAGCUCCAUGUCAGCCACGAACGCUUUGUCAGGGGGCGUCCCUCUGAAACUUGCUAUUCAUCACGAUGUUGUUAGACUGGACGAAAAUGGCGCGCCUAUUUAUCCAAAGGAGACCAAGGCGAAGAAGAAGAAGGUGAUUGAAGUCAACGAGACACAAAUCAUCGCCGCCAAGCUCGACUCGCCUUCCGGGCCUAAGAUGAAGAAAAAGAAGAAGAGGCGGUCCACUGCGGAACCAACCAUGACGAUACAUACCAGGGCAGCAACCGAUGACAUUUACGACAUCUUCAAUGCGCCACUCAAGCCGGCAGAUCAACGGAUGGGUGUUAGCGAUGACGAACACGGUUACGAGUCAGACGACUACACGAGCGUUGCUGAUAGCACGGUCACUACCACCUACAUAGCCACGAGCGAAGCAGAGGAUGAAGAGGACGCCGACGAACGCGUUGAUGAGACGUUCGAUGUGAAGAGCGUUAACAGCGAAUGGUCGGAGUUCUCAAUGCACCGGGACAUCCCCGGUGCCGAUGGCGAUGACAUUGAGCGCGACGAGGCAGAGGUGUCCGAUCUGAUUGACAUCCGGGAGGAAUCUGCUGAGCCGGAUGAAGACGACGCAGCGAUGGAAGCUCCCAGGACGAGGACCAUGUUCGUGCCGAUACCACCGGAAGACUACGUGCCAACCAGGCGGCCGUACAGGGAUCCCGUCGAGGCAGCUAAUAAUCGCCUCCCUUUCAUGACCCCAAUCACGGAGAGGACCGAGACAUCGCUGAAUAUGACGGCGGAUAUGAGCAGAUACGGCAAGACACCGUCUAGGAGACCCAACGCCGAGAUGCUACAUGAAGACGAAGAAGAGGACGAAGAGGAGGGCAAGGAGGGCGACGUCGACCUGGAACCGCUGAGCAGCCCGUUGCGAGAGGUGGUAGAAUCGGAAAGCCCAAAGGGGAGGGUGGCUCUACCGCUUCUCCCGAAGGCGAAGUCAUCACCAGCAGCCAAACCAUUCGCUCCGAAAGCGCCAACGACCAGGGGUCCUAUAAUCAAGGAAGUGCUGUGCAACCCUGUCGAUGACAGCGUGCGAGCCGAGAUCUUAGCAAACAUUCAUCCUCCACUCAGCUCGUACGACGGAUUCUUUGAUCGCCGGGGCGAGAAAUGUGGGAGGGCGGCUGAGAUCCGCAAGUUCGCCAAGGCCGCCGGCAAAGGGAGCAGGAACAGUACCGACAAGACAGGCAACCUGGGCAGUCCGGUGAUACUGGAAUUUCCAAGCGUCAAGUCCCAGUACACAAUCAGAAAGGAGCUCGGAGCCGGCGCCUUUGCUCCGGUGUACCUGGUCGAGAACUCGUGCCCCGAAGUCGCAUCAGCCGACGAAGACGGCGGCGACGAGAACGGCACUGUGGCCAGGAUGGGCCGCGGCGCUUUCGCCAGCACGCACAAUCACCGCCACGAGCGCGAAGCGCUCAAGAUGGAAGACCCGCCGACGCCCUGGGAGUUCUACAUGAUGCGGCUGGCACAUGCCCGCCUCGGCCCGCAGCACCGCGCAACCGCCUCGCUCUCGCCCGCUCUCGAGAUGCACCUCUACCAGGACGAAGGCUUCCUCUUCCUGCCCUUCUACCCGCACGGCACACUGCUCGAUGUUGUGAACCUCUUUCGCGCCGAAGCCUCGGGCGUCAUGGACGAGCAGCUCGCCAUGUUCUUCUCGAUCGAGCUCCUGCGCACCGUCGAGGGGCUGCAUUCCAAGCAGAUCCUGCACGGCGACAUCAAAGCCGACAACUGCCUGCUCCGUCUCGACAACCUCACCAACCUAAGCAACAACUCGGAACAUCAGUUGACAAGCCAGUGGCGUCCCGACGGCUUCGGCGGUUGGUCUGCGCGCGGCAUCACGCUCAUCGACUUCGGCCGCGCCAUCGACAUGCGCGCCUUCGUGCCCGACGUGCAGUUCGUCGCCGACUGGAAGACGUCGGCGCAGGACUGCGCCGAGAUGCGCGAGGGCCGCCCCUGGACGUGGCAGAUCGACUACCACGGCCUCGCCGGCACGCUGCACGUGCUGCUGUUCGGCAAGUACAUCGAGACGGCGCGGUGCGACGCGGGCGGGCUGGGCACGUCUGGUGCGGGCGGGCGGCGAUACAAGAUCCGGGAGAGCCUGAAGCGGUACUGGCAGACCGAGAUCUGGGCCGAGUGCUUCGACCUGCUUCUCAACCCUGCCGCGCAUGCGCUGGACGAGGAGGGCGGGCGGAUGCCUGUCUUGAAGGGCAUGAGGGCGGUCAGGGAGAAGAUGGAGAAGUGGCUGGAGGGAAACUGUGAGAGGGGCGUUGGACUGAGAGGGUUGAUGGCGAAGGUGGAGACUUGGGCUAAGGGGAGGAAGUACUGAUCCAUUUUUGCUGUGCUUUCAUUUUGUUCUUUUCUUUGUUAUGUCAUGUUAUGUCAUGUCAUGUUAUGUUAUGUUAUGUUAUGUUAUGUCAUGAUAUCCUUUGGAGGUGGCGGUCCAGAACAGAUGCACAUGAGGCGUUGGAAGGUAGAACUUACGGCUAUUCUUUUGUUUUCUUCUUUUGUUAUCAGAUUA